UCCAUGAUGGCUGCUCAUAGUAACAACUUUAUCCGUGUGCGUUUACACUUUGACUACCCGCCGCCGGCUGUCGUUGAUUGCCGCAUGUGCUGGCUGCUCGUGGACCUGAACAAGUGUCGCGUGGUGGCGGAUCUGGAGAGCAUCAUCAGAGACAAGUUUCAGUUCAGCCGCAGAAACAUCCUCAACCUGUUCAUAGAGGACUGCUACCUGCCGCACACUGAGAGCAUCUAUGUGGUGCGGGAUAACGACAGUGUCAGGGUGAAGGUGGAUUGUCUGACUCAGGUGAACGGGCACAGCAGCCAUUCAGAUACAGCAAGUGAAAACUGCAAAAAGAGAAGUAGACCCGCAGAAGAGGAGGACGGGGCAGGAGAAAAUGGAGUGAACGUAGAAUGGAAGAAAAAAAAGAGGAAAAAGAGGAGUGAGGAGAGCCCAGAGGGGGACCCCAAGCAGACUUUAGGUGACGAGGGCAAUAAGAAGUCGCCAGAGAAAAAAACAAAGAAGAAGAAAAAGAAGGCGGCAGAGCAAAAUACACCAGCUGCUACCCCUAAACCAGCUGCUUCUACUAAAAAAAACCCAGCUAGUGUAGACCAGCCGAUAAAAAGCACCAAGAAGCCUCCUGUGGCAUCAAAAACACAGAAUGCCUCCUCUUCAGAUUCCAGCAGUAGCAGUGAGGAGGAUAAAGCUCCCAAAAAACCAGCUGCUAAAAAACCAGCUACCAAAACACAGUCCUCCACCCCUGCUGCCACCAAGGCGCCUCCAAACACCAAACCUGCCAAGACGAAAUCACGCCCUCCCCCGUCAUCCUCUUCAGAUACAGACUCCUCAUCCUCCGAUGAUGAAGCCACCAAUGUAAAAAUCCCGCCAAAAACCAAACCUUUAACCUCCGUGACUCCCAAGUUAACAGAAAGCAGUAUCUCUAAAUCUCAGCAGUCUACAAACUGUGCACAGAAACCGGUUUCGGGUGAGUCUGUGCCUCCUCGUGAUGACGAAGAGGAGAUAGAGUUCAUCAUCCGAAAGCCUUUGCAGCAGCUGGCUCGAGGUGUGGGUAACCAGUCAUCUUGGCGAGGUCACGGCCGGGGAAGAGGCAUGUUUGGCAGCGGUGGUGGUGGUGGUGGUCCUGGAGGGAGGGGGAGGGGUGAAGGUAGAGGGGGCUUCACAAGGCGUAGCGGCAACUCCGAGUUCAGCUAUGAUGGAGCCAAGGAGCCGUCCUGUCAGACUGAUUCACUGACCAACAAGUCGGUGGUCCUCCAGAAUGGAGUAGAAAGUGCUCCAAAACAGGACUACAGCUCCAUGCCUCUGCUAGCUGCCCCUCCACAGGUGGGACAGAGGAUUGCCUUCAAGCUGCUGGAGCUAACCGAGAGCUAUACGCCAGAGGUAUCAGAAUACAAGGAGGGAAAGAUUGUGGGCUUUGACCCAACCACCAAACAGAUUGAGCUGGAACUGCCUCGAAAUGCCUCUAAAGUUCACGUAGAGCCCGGCAAGUUUGACCUGGUCUAUCAGAACGCAGAUGGCUCAGAGACGGUGGAGUACGCUGUGUCCAGAGAAUCUUGUCUGACAGAACGAUGGGACGCCCUGCUGGAGCCAAGGCUCAUCAUUUAAAUGUGAAAGACUUUAUACAUUCACUCUGUUUGGAAAGAUGGAUUUGGCUUUUCUGCAGUUAAUUUUAUUUUAGGGUCAUUUUAAUAUUAACCAGAGUCACCUCUUCACUUGGCAUUUGACAGCUAAGAGAUUUAUAUAUUGUUAAUUCAAUUUUAUUCUCUGUGCUUCUAGAUAAGUCAUCACUUUCCACAGAAGAGCUGCUACAUUGCAAAUACAGAUCGAAAAAUAUUAAAACUUUUAGAAUUAUUGCAUUGUAAUUGGCAUUGGAUAUAAAAUACUGUAUUUUUUAUUUGUAGGUAGGAUAAAUGA